GCAGCCGCAGUUCCCGGCGCGCGCUGGCUCCGGCGGCCCCUCCGCACCAUGGCGGGCCUGGGGCGGCCGGGCCCGGGGCCCCGCGCCGCUCUGCCCGCCUGGAAACGGGAGAUCCUGGAGCGGAAGCGGGCCAAGCUGGCGGCCCUGGGCGGGGGCGCGGCUCCGGGAGCCGGAGCAGGCGCGGCGGGACCCGCGGAGCCGGCGGCCGAGCGGCUCGUGCUGGCCGACAGCCUGGGCCCACUGCGUGAGAACCCGUUCAUGCGGCUCGAGUCGGAGCGGCGGCGCGGGGCGCGACGCGGCGGGGGCGCGGGCGCGGCCGGGGCGCGGCCGGUACAGCAGCUGCUGGAGCUGUACCGCCGCGUGCCGGGCGUCCGCACGAUCCGAGCCGACAACAUUCUCAUCAUCGAGUCGGCGCCCGGCUUCCCGCCUGCUGCCCCCGGCCCCGCCGUGGGCCCGGCCGCCCGCAUCCGCGCCGCCGAGGUGCUCGUGUACGAGGCGCCGCCGUCGCCGCCGCCGGGCCGCGUCAGCCGUCUGCUGGAGAAGUUCGACCAGCCGGUCGCGCCGCGCCGCCGCGGGAGCCCGGAGCGCGGCCGCCCUCCGCCGCCGGCGCCGCCCGCCCCAGGCCGGGCCGCCCAGCGCGUAGGCGAGCGCGCCGCUUGCUUCGAGCCGGAGCGCCACGGCACAGGCCCCGGGGCCCGGCGCAGCGACUUCCUGCAGAAGACCGGCAGCAACUCCUUCACCGUCCACCCCCGGGGCCUGCAUCGCGGUGCGGGCGCUCGACUGCUCCCCAACGGGCCCGCGACCCUGGAGUCCCGGGUCGGCGCUGCCAACGGCAUCACGGGCUCCGCGCCGGGGCCGGGCGAGUGGAAGCCAAAGGUGGAGUCUGGGGAGCCCUCCGCCCACCCGUCCCCCAGCCCCGGGACCCCCAGUGCCACUCCAGCCGCGUCCUCGACCCUGCCCAUGCCCACCUCUGCCAGUGCCACUCCCAGCCAGCGCCAGUGGGUCUCCGCGGCCACCAGCGCCAACGAUUCCUUCGAGAUACGGCCGGCCUCCAAGCCAGACAUGGACACGAUCCCCGCGGGGGACCUGCAGGCUAGGGCCCUGGCCAGCCUACGUGUGAACUCCAGAAAUUCCUUCCUGUUCAUCCCCAAGCGCAAGGCCUCCGGGGCCCCUCUUCCCCAAGGGAGGCAGUCUGUGGGGCUGCCAGAGGGAGAGGUUGUCUGGGCCUCGGAGCACCCGAAGCAUGGAGCCCAGCUGGUGCCUGGAGUGGAUGGCGCGCCUGUCAGUGGGAGAAGCCCCUUGGGGGUCAAGGAGGGGGUCUGCUCAAGGCCAGCCACUGCCCUAGUGGACCAGGCCGUUAGGUGGCAGAGGCCAUUCUCACCACCUCCAUCCCUGCCGGCCACCACUGGAGGUGAGCCGGCCCCCGGCUUUGAGGUUCCCAGCCUGGCCAAGAAUGGCGGGGAGCCUGGGAGGCCAGGGCUGCCUGUCACCUUCAUCGACGAGGUGGACUCUGAGGACGAGGUCCCCCAAGAAGCCAAACUGCCCUGCAUGGGGGCUGGCGCACCUCCCCGGUACCACCCAUCAGAGCUGCAGCACCAAGGCAGCAAUACCUUCACUGUGGUGCCCAAGAGGAAGCCAGGGGUCCUGCAGGCCAAUGGGGAGCCUGGGUCACAGGCGGCUGAGGAAGUGGAGGCGGGCAGCGUCUCGGAGCCCCCUGCUCUUCUGGGGACCCCACUGAAGAAGCGCUACCCCACUGUGCAUGAGAUCGAGGUGAUUGGCGGCUACCUGGCCUUACAGAAGUCCUGCCUCAUCAAGGCUGGCUCCUCGAGAAAGAAGAUGAAGAUCUCCUUCAAUGACAAGAGCCUGCACACCACGUUCGAGUACCCUUCUGAGAGCUCCCUGGUGCAGGAGGCCGAGGCCCAGGCCCAGGCCGAGGGGGAGGGGGAGGAGGGCGAGGAGGAGGAAGAAGAGGAGGGGCCCAGCCUGAAUGCCACAGUGGAGAAGCCCUUCGUGCUCUUCCUGCCCCGAGCCACGUUCGUUAACAGCGUGGUGCCCGAGAGCCCUCGGCUGCCAGACGGCAGCUCAGGCCUGUCCAGCUACACCCCCAAACACUCCGUGGCCUUCAGCAAGUGGCAGGAGCAGACGCUGGAGCAGGCCCCCAGCGAGGUGGAGCCCACGCAGAAGGAUGUCAUGCUCACCCCUGCCAGUCACAGCGACCUCUCAGACUUCCGAAGCGAACCAGCCCUCUAUUUCUGACUCCAGCCCUGCCAGGAUGGCCAAGCUCUGCCCUCGUUCUGUACCCACCUUCUGCCCUGCCAGGCUGUGCCCCCAUAACCCACCCUCCCUUCCCGAGGCUGCUCCUCCCCUGGGUCCAUCUGGGUCUCCCUCUCCAGCCCUGGUUUGGGGGCACUGCCUGUGGACGAGGGCCAGGUGCUGCUGGACGCCGUGCCUGGCAGCUUUGGGUGGAGGACCGGCUUGGCUGCCUGUCCUGCAGGACUACAAGCCCCCCAGCCCACCCCCUCACCCCCCACGGCUGAGCUCAGCCUGCCCCCUUUGUGACGAAUGGAAAUCUUUUGCCUCCGAUGGUGGACUCAAUAAACAGCACU